GAUGCGUGUGGAGGCGGAGCCGCGCGCUUUGCUCCAGGUCGCAGAGGGAUUUGGAGAAAGAUAUGUCCUCCUAGCGCAGGGACAAGUCCGUCGAUUUAUCCUUCAGGAAGGGUCUGUCUGGCGAGGAUGACAGGAUUUUAUUUACUGGAAGCAAAAUAAGAUUUAACUGAAUAAUGUCAGUUUGACUUUCAAUAAUUUAUCUAAACGUUUUCUGGAUUAUGUGUUGCCAGUAGCAGCAUAACUUCUUCAUACAGGCAGAUUCCAUUGAGUCUACAAGCACCUGACUCGCUGAGCACUACACCCUGGCUUCAACCCUUCACCAGUCCAAGGUCAAGGACCGGAUAACAUCUGUCAACAUUUUCUGGUUGGCGGACACAGAGGAGAACCCGAAACACACCCAGCCCUGAGGACAAGUAGACUACGCGACACACCCUGCCCUGAGGACAACUCCAGAAAUACUACAUUUUAAUUUAGACCAGGACAGACUACAACCAGGCCCCACACACAAACACACUCUGGAAACCAAACGACCUGGUGGUGCUGGUGCCUAGCCUCACCCAGUUAAUAACAAUGGUCUGGUCUGUUCCAAUCUGAUUGACACAUACUGACUGUCUGGCUGGUUUGGGUGUUUUGUGACGCUCCUCUAUACGUUCAUCAUCAUUGUAUCUGAUUUUGAAGAGCUGACAUGCACCUGACUGUGUGAAGUUGAGCCCUCGACUGCCAAGGACCACUUAGACUACUGACCUCGUAAGGGCCGUGUGUGCUCACUGGUCGCUUGUGUGGUGGUCGAUCAUGGGUAAGGAGCAGGACCUCCUGGUGGCAGUGAAGAGUGGAGACAUCCUCCUGGCCCACAAACUCCUGGCCAAGGUCACAUACAACAAAACCAAGUUGCUGGGCUCCACAAAGAGGCUCAACAUCAACUAUCAGGACUUAGAUGGGUUUUCAGCAUUACACCAUGCAGCUCUAACAGGCACCACUGAGCUGCUGUCACUAUUACUGGAGGCUCAGGCCACUGUGGACAUCAAAGACAUUAAUGGUAUGCGUCCGCUACAUUAUGCAGCGUGGCAGGGUAAAGCUGACUCUGUGUUGCUGCUGCUGAGAGCUGGAGCCUCUGUUAACACACUGUCACAGGACGGACACAUACCUCUACACCUGUCUGCACAGUACGGACACUACCAGGUGUCUGAGAUGUUACUCCAGCACCAGUCUAAUCCCUGUCUGGUGAACAAGGCCAACAAGACUCCUCUGGACCUGGCCUGUGAGUUUGGCAGACUCGAGGUUGCUCAAUUGUUACUGAACAGCAACAUGGUGGUAGCUCUGUUGGAGGGGGAGGGGCUAGACGGUUUAGACAAUGCCUCCUCCAACACGCCCCUUCACCUGGCCGCUCGCAACGGACACAAAGACAUCAUCAGGGUGCUACUGAAGGCUGGUAUAGACAUCAACAGAAUGACUCAGGCUGGCACCUGUCUGCACGAGGCUGCCCUCUACGGCAAGACUGAAGUAGUGUGUCUGCUGCUGGACGCCGGUAUUGAUGUGAAUCUGCGUGACACCUACAACCAGACAGCCCUGGACAACGUCAACCAGUUCACCACCUCAUCAGCCAGCAAGGACAUCAAGAUAAUACUACGAGAAGCGUUAGGGUCUCUCCAGGUGAGAGCUGUGAAGGACUACUGGAACCUUCAUGACCCUACAGCCCUCAACCUCCGUGCUGGAGACCUCAUCAUGGUGUUGGAGCAGCACACGGACGGGCGGUGGAAAGGUCAUAUCCAUGACAACCAGAGAGGAACGGACCGGGUCGGAUACUUCCCUCCGUCUGUAGUGGAGGUCAUCAGCCAGAGAACAGGGGGUUCUGUCUCGUGUCAGGUCUCGUUACCAAGCCAACGGCAGCAGCACUUCCUGUCAAGAGUUCCUCCCACCAGUAUUGGCUCCGCCCCCCAGAUUGAGGACUCCUACGCCUUGUACUAUGACCACGCAGCAGGAGACCGGAACAGUGUUGGCAGUGCAAGCAGCAGUGCAGGCAGCAGUGCAGGUAGUGUGGGCAGCAGUCGUAGUGCUGGCAGCGGGCAGAGCUCAGAGAACGGCUUCGGACCGAAUGGGACGCACAAGCUGGCUCCCUCUGUUGGUGAGUCCAGAGAACAGCAGUUUCCCUCUGCAGGACCAGACCCCAGCAAACAACCUGAUGGACAUACAGGUGGUCAGAGUCGUCAAGUCAGUGGUGGUACUCGUUUGGAGGAGCAGAGUGGCUUCAUGUGUCCAGACAUGGUCCUGGUGGGCAGCGACUCUGAGGCCAUCUACCAAUGGCUGUGUGAGUUCCAGCUGGAGAGCUACACUGCUAACUUCCUCACAGCAGGAUACGAUGUACUUACUGUCAGUAGGAUGACCCCAGAGGACCUGACUGCCAUCGGUGUGACCAAACCAGGCCACCGAAAGAAGAUCUCCAUGGAGAUAGGCAACCUGAACAUCCCAGAGUGGCUGCCUGACUACGUCCCUUCUGAGCUGUCAGAGUGGUUGCGUGCGAUCGGUCUCCCUCAGUACCAGAAGAGACUGUGUGAGAAUGGUUAUGACACCAUCAGCAUCGUCAAGGAUAUCACCUGGGAGGACUUAUCAGAGAUAGGAAUCACCAAGCUGGGUCAUCAGAAGAAGCUGAUGUUAGCCGUGAAGCGUUUAUGUGACCUGCAUCGUUCUCGUCACCAUGCCAACGGCUCCGACACGCUCCGGCAUAAACCUACCACGGUGGCUAUUGAGCCCCCCGAGAUCCCCUACGACUGCUGCCCCCUUUCCCCUCACACCCCCAGGACACCCUUCCCCUCAUUCCAUGACAGCGAGCUGAGCACAGAGGUACAGAACACCAUGAUGGGGAGGGCAGCAGGAGGAGGAGUGGAGAGAGGGGGGUUUGGGAUGGGUGUGAGGGAGAGCAUUAGCCAGGAGAGCAUCGGAACGUGCUCCCGCGGAUCUGGGAAUUCUGGAAAAUCGGGGAAUUUUACGGGAUAUUCCCAAGAGCUUCACCAACAGACUCUGGCAUCGGCUGGAGUGCACAGUCGCUCGGACGAAAGCUUGGGAGGAGGGGGAAGGAGACAGGGGGGAGGAGGUAGUCCAGGGAGAGACCGACAGAGACUCACAGAGGUGUGGCCAGACCAGAAGCGCCACCCCCAGCCACCCACUAAACUACCCAUCACCCCCCUCACCCCUCCUCUCACCCCCAGCUCGAUGCCCCGCUUCGCCUACCCAGCCGUGCAUAGUAAACCCAAACCUUGCAAGACCCCUGCCCACCCCCACCCCUUCUCCUCUCCCCAGGCCUCCCCCACACAGAGGGCCUUCAACUACCUCCACACCCAGGAAGGAGGAACCUAUAUGUGCCAACGUGGUCUACCCAAGCCCCAGGCUGGAGCAAUCCCCCUCCCAGGACAAGGCCUCAACACAGAGGCUCUCAAGAAACGCACCCAGAGUCUGUCCCGCUACGCCCUGUCAGAUGGGGAACCGGAAGACGACGAGUCAUCGCUGCAGGAAUCCGUCCCUCCGGUGACCAUGCCCUCGUACGCAACACUAGGACGCAAAACAGGCUGCGGCCAAUCAAAUUCCUCCGCCGUCCAACGCCACAUCAGCCGGAGCCACUCAUUCGCUGUCCGCUCUCGCCGCAAAGGCCCGCCCCCACCGCCACCUAAGAGGAUGAGCUCGGUGAGUGGCAGCCAGGCCAGUGAAUCAGGAGUGGCAGUAGUGUCAGAGCAGGUGGAGGUGGGAGGGGUGGAGACAGAGAGUGCAGGCAGUGUGAGAAGCAUCGCAGCCAGGCUACAGGGGUCCAGGCCCGGGGGCAGCCCCUCUAAGGGGGUAGCGUUACCCUCCCCUCGCACCCCCACCCUCGCCUCCCACAAACCUGUACCCGCUCUGGGGCUGGGAGGCCUGAGGAGGAUGGGUGGCGAGCGGAGGGAUAGAGAUGGAGGGAUAGAGAAAAGCCCAGAAGAGGAGGAGAGAGUGCAGAAGGAUGGUUCAGUAUUGGAAAACUCUACAUCACCUCAGAGUAGCUCCAAGGAGAACCUCCCUUUUGCGGAGGAGGGCAACCUCACCAUCAAACAGCGGCCCAGGAUGGGAGCAGGCUUCCGGUCAGACCCUGAAAUCCAACCCCAGGCUUCUCCAGAAGACCCAAAAAUGCAGGCCCCAAAGUCCUUGGGGGUCCCUGAGUUCAACCUCAAAGAGUCGGACACGGUCAAACGACGGCGUCAGCCCAAAGACCGGGAAACACACACACUGGACGACGGACACACACAGCCACACACACACAGCCGGUCCAACGGCUUCCACACACACACAAACGGAGACAAGCAAGAGGAGGAAGCAGGUGUGAAGUCAGGGAGCUGUUUACAGAGAACAGAAUCGACAGGGAAAUGCCAGAAACCACCCCUGUCCUCCAAACCAACCAGCCCUGUCCUCAAACCUGUCCUCACCCCUAUACCAGCCACUCAACAGAAGACAGCGACAGGCAGCACACAGAACCAUAUAACAUCCAGUCAAAAUACACACACAACCACCUGUAUACCAGGCAAUCCACAGAAACCAGUAACAGCAACCAAAGCAGGCAUUCAGCAGAGAACAGUAACAUCCAGGCCAACGAAUCAGAUGCCUGCUACUGUCUCUGCCUCUACACUUCCCCAGCUCAGCUCAUCCAUAACCUCAGCCCCUACAGCCCAGGCAACCCGCGCUUCAUCCUACCGCACCUUGGUGCCUCCAGGCCAGGCAGGGAGAGCAGGAAAGGCCCAGGCUGGUGAGGCCUGCUCGGAGGUGUUGGUUCAGAGGAGGCUGGUUGAGACCAACACGUCACUGGAGGCAGCGCUGAAAGUUGUAGAGAGAAAAACGUCUCAGGAUGACUGCACUGACGGUGGCAGCAGCACAGUGAAAGCAGCAGGGAAUAUCCUGGAUGACAUCGGCAACAUGUUUGAUGACCUCGCCGACCAACUGGAUGCCAUGUUGGAGUAAAUACCUCCUCUUCACUCAAGGCAACCUGAAUAGGACCCGUAGGAUUGGGUUGCAAAUUGCACCCUCUUCCCUAUAGAGCCCUGGUCAAAAGAAGUGCACUAUAUAGGGAAUAGGGGGCCAUUUGGGAUGCAUCGCUUGAAUUGAUUAGACUGAUGCACUGAUCUGCAUGUUUCAUAGGGUGGAUGAGAGAAAGUAGGAGCCGGGAGAGGAAGAGGGGGCAAGUGAAAGGGCGAAGAGGGGGCAAUGGGUUGAAGAGAGCAGUCACAAUGUGGAGAACCUCUGACUGCACUUGAAAGAGUGUGGAUAUCAUUAACACACACAUCGGGACUUGCCUUAACUGGAGCGCAUAACCCUGGAUCAAUGGUUUUGCUUGGCAAAAACAGCACAAUAACAAAUAACAAUUUACUGUGUUUUAUGACAUAGAGCACGGGUUUAUGACAUAGAGCACGGGUUUAUAACAUAGAGCACAGGUUUAUGACAUAGAGCACGGGUUUAUGACAUAGAGCACGGGUUUAUAACAUAGAGCACAGGUUUAUGACAUAGAGCACGGGUUUAUGACAUAGAGCACGGGUUUAUGACAUAGAGCACGGGUUUAUGACAUAGAGCACGGGUUUAUGACAUAGAGCACGGGUUUAUAACAUAGAGCACGGGUUUAUAACAUAGAGCACGGGUUUAUGACAUAGAGCACGGGUUUAUGACAUAGAGCACGGGUUUAUGACACAGAGCACGGGUUUAUGACACAGAGCACGGGUUUAUGACACAGAGCACGGGUUUAUGACACAGAGCACGGGUUUAUGACACAGAGCACGGGUUUAUGACACAGAGCACGGGUUUAUGACACAGAGCACGGGUUUAUGACACAGAGCACGGGUUUAUGACACAGAGCACGGGUUUAUGACAUAGAGCACGGGUUUAUGACAUAGAGCACGGGUUUAUGACAUAGAGCACGGGUUUAUGACACAGAGCACGGGUUUAUGACACAGAGCACGGGUUUAUGACACAGAGCACGGGUUUAUGACACAGAGCACGGGUUUAUGACACAGAGCACGGGUUUUAUGACAUAGAGCACGGGUUUAUGACAUAGAGCACGGGUUUAUAACAUAGAGCACGGGUUUAUGGCAUAGAGCACGGGUUUAUGACAUAGAGCACGGGUUUAUGACAUAGAGCACGGGUUUAUGACACAGAGCACGGGUUUUAUGACAUAGAGCACGGGUUUAUGACAUAGAGCACGGGUUUAUAACAUAGAGCACGGGUUUAUGGCAUAGAGCACGGGUUUAUGACAUAGAGCACGGGUUUAUGACAUAGAGCACAGGUUUAUGACAUGGAGCACAGGUUUAUGACAGAACAAGUGGCUUUGCUACAUCUUUGCUCUGAGCCAACCAGAUUUUACCACAAAGGGAAUACGGGUCCAUGUUUAACAUUUAUUGUAAAUUAUAUCAUAUUCUCGUCUUAAACAACCCAAUCUUAUGUUGUGUGUCAAUAUUAUUAACAUGAGACUCUUAAAUGUUACUGAAAACUGAGAUUUUGUUGUUUUUACGUUGCAUUUUUUUGUUUUACAAAGGGACCUAUUCUCUUCAAAAUAUACUAUACGUGAUGUUAGGAGUAACUAUGGUAAUUAGAAAAGUACUUUGUAAAUAAAUAAAUACAAGUUUUAUGAUAACAUGUAAUAUAUUCUGAACAAACGCAACUUUUUCAAAUCAAAAUGUAUUUGUCACAUGCGGCGAAUGGCAAUGUGAGUAGUCUGGGUAGCCAUUUGAUUAGCUGUUCAGGAGUCUUAUGGCUUGGGGGUAGAAGCUGUCUAGAAGACUCUUGGAUCUAGACUUGGCGAUCCGGUACCGCUUGCCGUGCGGUAGCAGAGAGAACCGUCUAUGACUAGGGUGGCUGGAGUCUUUGACAAUUUUCAGGGCUUCUUCUGACACCGUCUGGUAUAGAGGUCCUGGAUUGCAGGAAGCUUGGCCCCGGUGAUGUACUGGGCCGUUCGCUGGGAGAGGUUGUUGUCCUUGCACCACACGGUCAGGUGUCUAACCUCCCUAUAGGCUGUCUCAUCGUUGUCAGUGAUCAGGCCUACCAAUGUUGUCAUCAGCGAACUUAAUGAUGGUGUUGGAGUUGUGCCUGGCCGUGCAGUCAUUCCUUUUGUCCAGGGGUGAAAGGGCACUGUGGAGUGCCAAUAGAGAUUGCAUCAUCUGUGGAUCUGUUGGUGCGGUAUGCACAUUGGAGUGGGUCUAGGGUUUCUGGGAUAAUGGUGUUGAUGUGAGCCAUGAUCAGCCUUUCAAAGCCUUUCAUGUCUACAGACGUGAGUGCUACGGGUCUGUAGUCAGUUAGGCAGGUUACCAGUUGGUUAGCGCAUGCUCGGAGUACAAGUCUUGGUAAUCCGUCUGGCCCUGCGGCCUUGUGAAUGUUUACCUGUUUAAAGGUCUUACUCACAUCAGCUUCGGAGAGCGAAAUUACACAGCCAUCUGGAACAGCUGGUGCUCUCAUGCAUGCUUCAGUGUUACUUGCCUUGAAGCGAGCAUAGAAGUAGUUUAGGUCGUCUGGUAGGUUCAUGUCACUGGGCAGCUCUUGGCUGUGCUUGCGUUUGUAGUCUGUAAUGGUUUGCAAGCCCUGCCACAGUGCAGUAGGAUUAGAUCUUAGUCCUGUAUUGACGAUUUGCCUGUUUGAUGGUUCGUCGGAGGGCAGUGUGGGAUUUCUUAUAAGCUUCCGGGUUAGUCAUACUCUUUGAAAGGGGCAGCUCUCUCUUUAGCUGUUGCCUACAAUCCAUGACUUCUGGUUUGGGUAUGUAUGUAUGUACAGUCACUGUGGGGAUCACGUCCUGUAUGCACAUUUUUUAAAAGCCAGUGACUGAUGUGGCUGAAUAUUCAAGUCUGUACUAUCAAAACAUUCCUGUUGUUUAGCAUCUGCUUCUUCUGACCACCUUUUAAUAGACUGAGUUACUGGUGCUUCCUGCUUUAAUUUUUGCUUGUAAGCAAAAAUCCGGAGGAUAAGAAUUAUGGUCAGAUUUGCCAAGUGGAGGGCGAGCUUUGUACGCGUCUCUGUGUGUGGAGUAAAGGUGGUCUAGAUGUUUUCCCCCUCUGGUUGCACAUUUAACAUGCUGAUAGAAAUUAUGUAAAACCGAUUUUAAGUUUCCCUGCAUUAAAGUCCCCAGCUACUAGGAGCGCCGCCUCUGGAUGAGCGUUUUCCUGUUUGCUUAUGGCCGUAUACCCCUCAUUGAGUGUGGUUUUAGUGCCAGCAUCAGUCUGU